AUGCCGUCCUCGUCCCUCGCCUCCCUCGCCGUCCUCGGCCUCCUCGCCCUCUCGCCUCUUAUCACGGCCCGCCCGGCACCAACGGGCACUCAGCAAGCCAAGCGCUCCUUCCAAACGCCCUCGCUCGACCUGCCGCCGCCGCAGUACCUCGAGGACGCGGCCGUGAGGAGCGCCAUCGCCAACAUGGCGGCGGCCGCGCAGGCGUCGGCCGCCGUCAAGGCCCGCCGGUCGGGCCUCGACAACAUUGUCGACGUCGACAUCCAGAAGCGCGGCAACAAGGUCGACGGCGACUCGCUCCUCAAGCGCGCCGCGUGCGUCGACUCGACCGCCGACGACAUGCUCAUCUCGUCCCUCUUCCACUACGGCGGCGCCGGCACCGUCGUCGAGCUCUGCCCGGGCGCGACGAUCAAGCUCACGAACCCGGUUCACUUUACGGCCGCCGACCAGGUCCUCACGACGCAGGGCAGCCCGACCGGCGACACCCGUGCUACGCUCGUCGUCACGGGCCAGGACCAGGCGUGCGCCAUCUUCGGCGCAUGCCAAGGGUGCGACAACAUCGUCGUCGAGUCGAUCCAGGUGGCCGGGCAGCGCGACGUGCUCGGGUUCAACAACGGCCCUGCGCUCCUCGAGCUCGGCGGCGACAACGUCGGGCAGACGGUCAAGAACUGCAAGCUGUGGGAGCCUCGUGGCUGGUCCGCGCUCCACGGUAUCGAGGGCAACGGCAACUCGUGCAACAGCAUGCUCAUCACGGGCAACCAAGUCGGCCCGUGCGGCCACUCGCCGACGAACGGCAAGCAGUUCAAGCGCGACGACCAAGUCUACGUGCCCGAGCAGUGGGCCGACGGCAUCUCGAUCGCGUGCAAGGGGUCUCGCGUCCAGGGCAACACGAUCGUCGACGCGACCGACGGCGGCAUCGUCAUCUUUGGUGCGCCCGGGUCCGUCGUGAGCGGCAACACGAUCAUCGCUCGCCAGCGCCGUCCUCUCGGCGGCAUCAACCUCGUCGACUACAGCCCGUUCUCGGGCUCGUUCGAGGGCACGGUCGUUGAGAACAACGUCAUCUUGGCCGACACCAACAUGAUCAAGGCCGGCAUCGCGCUCGGCGGCAUGGUCUGGGGCAGCGACAACCGCACCGCCGCACGGACCUGGGGCGGCAUCGUGCGCAACAACGUCUUCAAGUCGGGCUCGGGCGGGUACUUUGGCUACGCCGUCGCCGUCGCCGGGCACCAGAAGGCCAUGAUCUCGGGCAACGACGCGUCGGGCGCCGCGUUCGGCGGCGGGCCGUCCGAGGCGUGUGUGCCCAACCCGAUGGUGCCCGCGAGCCAGGCGUUCGUGUACGACCACUGGACGACGACGGGCUCGACGCUCCAGGACAACUUCCACAACGCGCCGCUCGUGUUCCUCAUCUGCCAAGGUCCGGGCCCGGUCGUCGGCACGGGCGUCGCAAAGGCGCAGACGGGCAUGAUCACGGUCGGUCGGGGCGACCUCCUCGGCGUCGUCGCACCUGCGCCUGCUGCCGCCGCCCCGUCCUCGUCCGACGCAGCCGUCGCGUCGACCUCGGCCGCCGACGCAGCCUCGACCGCCGCCUCGACCUCGACCUCGACCGACCCGACGACGGCGACGAGCAUGUCAGUCGACCAGUCGCCUCUCGCGCACCUUCGCGCCGUCCUCGAGCAGCUGGCUCAUGCCCUCGUGCCGCGCAGGCUCGACGCCUCGUCGUCGACCACGACCAAGUCGACCCGGUCGUACACCAAGUACAAGCUCCACACGCACGCGCACAAGAGUCGCAGCAGCACAUCGUCGGCGGCAGAGUCGACGGCUGCGGCCGAGCCCUCGGGCGCUGCGUCGCUGCGAAGCACCUGGGGCCGCGUCAUCGCCGCUCUUCCCUUUGCCCACAAGCCUCAAGCCUCGAAGCGGUCGCCCGUCGAGGCCGCCGCCGCCGCCGCCGACGCACCGACCGCCGUGGUCGCGCCCGGCUGGUCCAAGCCGACGCCGGUCGUCAACUUUGUCAACCCGUUCGACAUCCUCGACAAGCACGAGCGUCUCGCAUGAGCGAGCGUCGUCGGCUCGACGAGGCUCGAGCGCCGCUCGCCUUGCGCCAAACCUUGUCUUCUUCCCUUUCCCUCUCUCCUCGCGCGCGCCGGCGCACCCUCCCUGUAGCCCCCUCUCGCACACGCUGUAGCCUCCUGCCCCUCGUCUGUAGCAUCCUCUAGGCCCGAACUGUAUCUAGAAGCCGGUCUCUCCCUC